AUCAGCUGCAACGGCUUUACCCUCAGUGACCAAAGAGGACUGCAGGCUGUUGGUGUGGGAAUCUUCCCCAACCUCUGCCAGGCCAACCAUGACUGCUGGCCCAACUGUACUGUCAUCUUCAACAAUGGCAAUCAUGAGGCUGUAAGAUCAAUGUUCCACACACAGAUGAGGAUUGAACUGCGGGCACUGAGCAAGAUUUCUCCAGGAGAUGAGCUGACUGUUUCCUAUGUGGAUUUCCUCAACGUGAGCGAGGAGCGGCGGAAGCAGCUGAAGAAGCAGUAUUACUUCGACUGCACCUGCGAGCACUGCAAGAAACAGAUCAAGGACGAUCUGAUGCUGGCAGUGAAGGAGGGGGAAAGCAAGCCCUCUGCAGAGAUGGUAAAGGAGGUCAUCCAGUUCUCCAAGGACACGCUAGAGAAGAUCAACAAGGCCCGCAUGGAGGGACUUUACCAUGAAGUCGUGAAGCUAUGCCGUGAGUGCCUGAAGAAACAGGAGCCCGUGCUGGGGGACACGAACAUCUACCUCCUGAGGAUCCUCAGCAUUGCCUCCGAGGUGCUCUCCUACCUCCAGAUGUUUGAAGAAGCAGCUGACUAUGCCAAGAAGAUGGUGGAUGGCUACCUGAAAAUAUACCAUCCCAACAAUGCACAGCUGGGAAUGGCCGUGAUGCGGGCAGGAGUGACUCACUGGCAUGCAGGUCUCAUCGAAGCCGGGCAUGGCUUGAUCUGUAAAGCCUAUGCCAUUCUUCUGAUAACCCAUGGGCCUUCACACCCAAUCACCAAAGAUCUGGAGGUCAUGCGUGUGCAGACGGAGAUGGAGCUGCGCAUGUUCCAGCAGAACGAGUUCAUGUAUUACAAAAUGAGGGAAGCUGCCCUCAAAAACCAAAAGAUUCAAGUCAUGCCUGAACCCAGCAAUGAGACCACACCAAGCCUCUUCCACAAGAAGGAAUAAACCCUGAGCUUGACACAAAUUCAUGCCUGUGGGACAACAUCACCUGUGGCACCCCCAAAUAUUGGGAAUGUGGUAUAAGAAUGUGAUUUAUCCAUAAGGAUUGUUUCCAGUGGCACCAAUCUGACAGCAUGGACCUGCAGGGGGAAAGUCCUGAAAAAUGCUUCUCUGAAAGCAGGAGAGAUCUUGGCAGGAGCAACAUCCUUUUUCUACCACUAGCAUUAAGAAUCAAAGUAAAAAUCCUGUUAUAAAAUUAUUUACAUACUUACUGGAAGCCUGUGUCUCUCUACACAAGUCCUG